AUGCCUCUUGAUGAAGAAGGCGCCAAAUGGUCCUGUGAACCAUGCAUUCGAGGUCACCGAUCGUCAAAAUGCCAGCACUUCGAUCGACUCAUGAUGAAAGUACCUAAAGCCGGGCGUCCUCUUGCGAAAUGUCCCCACCCGAAAGGAACGUGCAGCUGCCAGAAGACAUAUGCCGUGAUGGUCCGCAUUCCGAAAGGCUCAUCAUGCUUAUGUCGUCCGCUCUAUAAAGUUCCCAUGGAUGCCAAUGAUUCAACUCAGUCACCCCCUCCCUCCAUGGUUUCCACAUCCUCACCAGCUCCGGGAAAAGUCCAGAAGUCUGGAAGAAGACAAAGUACUAUGCAAGCAGCACCUGAAAACAUAGCGCGGGCAUUAGAAAAUAUGCCAGACAAGGUUAAGCUCGAGGAUGGAACUUCGAAUUUGGUUUCCGACUUCUCUUCGCGGCUCGGGUUAGAGGGUUCACACACAUCUCCCACCACGUCUACGCAAAUCCGAAAGACGCCAUCACCCAUAGAAACCACCAUGGAAGACUCGCAGUCUCCCCAAUUAUCAAGCUGCUGCUCUCAAAAGUCAAAGCCGAAGGCACCUACUCCGACUCCAGCUCACCCUGCGGCUGCUGCUCCGGCUCAGAAUGGUGGAUCUUGCUGCGGAGGGUCUCGUCCUUCCACGACAAAUCUAGCCAUGUACCCAGAGACUGACCAGCAGCAAUUCCAACAGCCUAUUGCUUGGAAUGACCAGAGUUACAUGCAGUUCCCCAUGCCUCAAAUGUCUCCAUGGCAGAAUUCCUCGAUUCCCACGCCAGGAGACUACAUGCAUUCCGCCAUGCAUCAAGCACCCCAGCUCCCAAGCCUCCAUAAUGGGUUCAUGGGAAUGAUGAUACCAGAAUCUCAAAUGUCCCAAAUAGGGAUGCCACUCGGUGUGACCUCGCCGGCUUCCAUGGCGUACUCAAACCCGAUGAACGGUCUUGGAAUCACGCAGCCCUCUAUGGGCCCGUACGUGCUCAACAACCUCGAGCCUUCCUACAAUGACCCACCAGGCGGCGACUCUUGUCACGAUUGUCACUGUGGAGAAGAUUGUCAGUGCCUUGGCUGCGCUGCUCAUCCAUUCAAUACCACAACCCGGAAGCAUGUCCAAGAGAUGGGUGCGAUCAUCACCUCUAAUGGCGAUGACAAGAAUCCGGAAGUCAUCAACCCUUAUCAAGCCUCACCUUACCAGGGAGGCACACCCUCGACUCCAUUCCCUUACCUCAUGCAAAACACUCCUUCAAUGGACCAUGGCUUCCAGCCGAUUCCAUUUGAUAGCUACUCGGACCCAAAUUCCACCCUACCCAGUGGUUACUCCUCCCCUCUGUCGGCAAACCACCAUCUGAACCAGCAGUUGAUGCAUCCUUCGGAGUACUACACCCUGGAAUACCCAGUCGGGCUACCAAGCGCCUGUUCUGACAUGACGGGCAGCUGUCAAUGCGGUAGCGACUGCAGCUGUGUUGGCUGUCUCACACAUAGCGGCCACAAUGGUCUUUCUCUGGACAUGCCUAUUCCCGAGCACCCCAUGUCUAACACAGCGGACAAACAAACUCAACCUUCACGCCAUGCUCCCCACACAAAUUCCACUACGUCUCAGGAUUCCCGGAUCCCGGUACUAGACAAUGUGUCUGUGCCCUGCCUCAGUCCGCGUACACUGGAGACUUCCAUGAUCUAG